AUGGCUAAAAUAAGAGUGUCACAUAUAUUGGUGGCUCUCUUUGUGGUGCUCGUUGCCAUGGAAGCCACCUUUGUCUCGGGCCAAGGCAGUGGAAAUGGGAAUGGCAAUGGCAAUGGGAACGGUGGCAGUGGCAAUGGAAAUGGGAAUGGAAAUGGGAAUGGUAAUGGCAAUACUGGCAGUGGCAAUGGAAACGGCAAUGGGAAUGGAAAUGGCAACACCGGCGGUGGCAACGGUAAUGGUAACGGGAAUGGUAAUGGCAACACUGAUGGUAGUGGCAAUGGAAAUGGCAACGGGAAUGGAAACGGCAACGGAAAUGGUAAUGGCAGCGGCAACGGAAAUGGCAAUAGCGGCAAUGGAGUUAGUGAUAGUACAAACUACGACGUAUUGCCAUCACUAGAAUCCGGACAGGAGCGAUGUCAGUGCAAAGCACUAGGGGCUUGUUUCUACAAGACCCUCGUAUGCCCACCAGAAUGCCCUCAAAGAAAGCCCAAAAACAACAAGAAAGAAAAGGGUUGCUUUGUUAAUUGCGGUAGCAGCUGUGAAGUCACUUGCAAGGUUAGAAGAAACAACUGUGACGGGUAUGGCUCUAUCUGCUACGACCCUAGGUUUAUUGGAGGUGAUGGUGUCAUGUUCUACUUCCAUGGAGCCAAGGGAGGAAACUUUGCCGUUGUCUCAGACGAUAAUUUCCAAAUCAAUGCACACUUCAUCGGAACUCGACCACAAGGAAGGACUCGUGACUUCACAUGGAUUCAGGCCAUCUCAGUGAUGUUUGACACUCACACCCUUGUCAUUGCAGCAAAGAGGGUCUCAAAAUGGGAUGACAAAGUUGAUGCUCUCAUGGUAAAGUGGGAUGGUGAAGCCAUUAACAUCCCAACUAAUGGAGAGGCUGAAUGGAGGACUAGGGACGAAGAUAGAGAGGUGAUAGUCGAAAGAACCGAUGACACUAACUAUGUAAGAGUUAUAGUGACCGGGAUCGUGGACAUAGCCAUU